AUGUUGGGACCUUCAACAAGUGGUUUUGGUUGGAAUGAGGAACUAAAGUGUGUUGUUGCUGAAAAAAGUGUGUUUGAUGAAUGGAUUAAAAGCCAUCCGAAUGCAAAAGGCUUAAGGAAUAGACCAUUUCCUCAUUAUGAAGACUUAGUUACUGUAUUUGGGAAGGAUUGUGCAAAUGGGCAAGGAGCUAUGGGAUUUUUUGAAACGGUUGAUGAAAUUGAUAAAGAGAUAGACAAUGUUGCAAAUUAUGAGUUUGAUCAUUUAUCUCCAAUAGAUGAUCUUAUUGGUAAUGCAACCAAUAGUCAUACAAACACGGCGAGAACUUCAGCACAUUCAAGUAAGAAAAGUAGAAAGAGAUCUAGGAAUGAAGAUCCAUUGGUUGAGUUAUUGACUGACACAGUGAAAAAAUUUGGUGACAUACAAGCUGUUGUUGGUGAUAGUAUUCGAAGAAUUGCUGAUUGUUUCCAGUUUGAGACAAAAGGUGCUACCAGAAGGAUGAAAGUAUUUGAUGAACUGAAGCAAAUUGAUGGGUUGCCAAAUGAACAACGAGUCAAAGCUAGAAAACUUCUUGUUCAAAACCAAGCUUACAUAGAUUUUUUAUUCACAUUGGAUGAUGAAUUCAAGUUGGGAUUCAUACUUGGGCUAUUUGAAUGA